CUAGUGGCUCUUUGAUGUGUCCGUCAUACGAGUUUACGGAACUGUAUCCACCCACUACAAAGAUGGAGGACGAUAUCUCAGAUAUGAGCAGACCACAAAUGUACUUAUUUGGUUGCACCUUGAAAUCGGACAAACGGGAAUUCAAAGUUGACCUAGACGGCGAUGAAACGGAGCAGCAGCUGUCACUGAAAGCAGUGUGUCUGGGAGCUGAGGCUGAAGAUAAGUUCCACAUGGUGGAAGUUGAAGGCCUCACUUACGACGGGAAGACGACAAAAGUGCCGCUAGCUGUCCUUAAACCUUCCGUCCUGCCCUCUAUGAGUUUAGGUGGAUUUGAGAUUACACCUCCAGUUACCUUCCGUCUCCAGUCUGGUUCUGGACCAGUUUACAUAAGCGGGCAACAUUUUAUUAGUGUGAAGGAUUCUGAUGAUGAAGAGGAGGAGAACAAUUCGUCGCCGGUAAAGCGGCCUGCAAAUCUGCUGGCAGGGAAGAAACCCCCAAUGAAAAAGCUGAAGAUGGAUUCUGAUGAUGAUGAUGACGAUGAAGAAGACAGUGAUGAAGAUGAUGAUGACGAUGAUGACAGUGAUGAAAAUGAUGUGAAGCCACAGAAGAAUGUGGGAAAAGUGCUUACAAAGAUCCCAGAGUCCUCACCUAAGAAGCCCAACAAGACUCCAGUAAAACAAAAUGGCCCUGCAGGAAAAGCCUCGGGAUCAGCUGUCAAACCACAGAUUAAGACACCUGCCCCGGGAAAAGACAAACAACAGCCCGGCCCAUCUAAAUCUCUGCCUGAGAUUAAGAGCAAGUUGUCAACCGCAGCCAAGGAGGGAAAGCCACUUCCAAAGACAGAGCUGAAGUUUGAGAAUUACUUGAGAAGUGCUUUUAAAAUCUCAGACAAACAAGUGGUCAAGGAUCUUUGGAGUUUUGUGCAAACACUGAAGACUGAGAAGAAGUAACAUACACAUACGUUAAAGCAUUUGUACAUUUUGCAUCCUAUAAGGCAUUUAAAGGCACAGUCGGCUAGAUUUCCUAAUCGGUCUCCUUCUUUCAGCCCUGCGAAGGACUAUGAUCAGAUGAAAAUGGACUAAGUGCUGAAAUAUGGUAAAGCCAUCAAUGCAUAGAUUUAGGUGUCAAUGUUUUUCUUCUUCGUUUUUUCCUAGACUGAAAGGACUUCAUUGAGUUGGUUCUUUCACAGACUCGAUUCAUGUUUAGCAGACUGUAUAUUUGCUGCAAGGGGAAGCUGCAUGCAUCAUAAUGGGCGGGGUCUGUGUUGCUACUACAGGAAAGGAAACGUUUCUAAAAUUUAUACUACCUGCAGAUUUAUGUAGGGGUGUGCAGAUUUAUGUAGCUCCUGUGUAUCACUGAAUAUGAUCCUUAUUAGUUAACAAUAAAUCUUAUACUUGAAGUAUUCAAAACCAAAAACAGGCCAAACUUAGAACCUAACCUAGUUAGUAGUUGCUAGUUCUUUCGUACGCCCUGUUGGCAAAACAGUAUUAUUUUUAUACCAGCAGAAGGACUCACUAAACACAAACGUGCUUGGCAAAAAGUAAACAAAAUUUUGAAACUGUUGAAACGCUGCCUGCAGGUGGUGUAAGUCAGCGGUCCCCAACCCCCGGGCCUCGGACCGGUACCGGUCCGUGAGUCGUUUGGUACCGGGCCGCGAGAGUUGAGGCUCUGGUGUGAAAUGUAUGGUUUUCAGGGUUUUUAUCGGUUUUCAGCGUCAUUUUGUUAUCGUUUUUAUCGUUAACUCGGUUUUCCUGGGUCUUUUCACGUGUGUUAUGAAUAAAUCUUCUUUUUUUCGGUACCGGUACUAGUUUUAUUUUGUUGUAUUUAUCCGCGACACCUUAAAGGCCGGUUCGUGAAAAUAUUGUCGGGCAUAAACCGGUCCGUGGCGCAAAUAAGGUUGGGGACCGCUGGUGUAAGUGUCACAAUACAGAAGCUCUUCCUUUCCUUGCCUGUAGGUGGUAAUAUCCUCAUUGAACGUCCCACUUUCUUUAAAUACUGAAGAAGAUGCAGGUCACAUUGAAACAGCAACUGGGUGGAAAUAUAUGAAAUUGGUUGAUUAGCAUCUGUUUAUCAUAUUCGGUCAUUAUUGCAAGAGGAGGUUAUGCAGAAUGUGCCUUUAAAUACAGUCCUGAUCAAACGUUUAAGACCACCUGAAAAAUCGCCAAAAAUCAUACUUUGCCUGGUUGGAUCUUAACAAGGUUCCAAGUAGAGCUUCAACUUUUUGCUCAUGCAAUUUAUUGAAAACAACACUUAGACUGAAACAGUCUGUUUUACAGCAUUGUUUUCAAUAAAUUGCAUGCUCCAAAAAAUGUUUUGUCUUGCUCCCAUUUCUUCUUGUUACACAUUGAAGUUCUGUUUGCAACCUUGUUAUGAUUCAACCAUGUAAAAUCUGAUUUUUUUUUUGUUGCCAUUUUUCAAGUGGUCUUAAACUUUUGACUGGGCAAUGUAUCUCUACUGUAAACUGAGAUAAACCUGUUUUGUGUGAAUUUGAGCAGCGCAUAUGUAAAGACAGCUAAUAAAAGAGGACCGUUUGACAACUGGAAAAUUUCAUCAGUUAGUGACAAUAAAAGUUGUUUAUUAUUUCAGCUUUGAGGAGUUAAAAAGCAUUUCCGCUUACAGACUUUCAGAUUGUACAUGCGUUUUUUUGAAUACUGUAUUGUUUUAGUCAAACCACAAUCAGUCAUUAUAGUAUAAUAACAACAAUUAUAUUUUUUAACAACUUGGCCAGCAAAACCAAUAAAUAUGUUUCUCCCAGCAAAAAUUAAGCAAAUAGGCAAAAAGAUGUCACAAAAAUAAAUGCAUUAAAAAACAAUUUUUGCAGAGUAAAAUUAUCACAGAUCCCCGUUGUGUAUUUAUGUCCACAACAUGAACAACUCUCAUUAAAAUACUUAUUGCUGAAAGCCAUCCAUCCAAAAAAGCGGCCGCUUUUUUACAUUAUCUCUUGUAGAGUAGUAUGAAAUCCAUAAAAGCAACGCAGGUGCUCUGACUAAAAUGUUUUUGUUUAAUGCAUAUUUCAUAUAAAAUCAAAGUAGAGCAAAACAGAUUGCUAACUCCAGGAGUAUAUUAGCCCUAAUGCUGUUUUGCAUUUUAUUUUAAUGUACUGUAAUGCAUCAGAAAACAUUACAAGCAUAUUAAUAAUAUUAGUACAGUAUGAGGUAUCAGAGAAUUACAUCAGAGUAGCAUGACAUCACCUUCAAAAAACGUAUAAGAACUCAUAUCUGUAAUUGUUUGCACUCAUAUAUCAGUGCUCUGAUGACAACAAACUCUCGUUCAUGCUGAGCUUAUGAUGUGUUUCUAUUCUCAUUUAAUAUCAAAAUGUUCCACAUCUUAAACCAAUUAAAUUGAUAUGCUCAAACUCUGCAUUAUCUAGAAAGCGUUUUUGCUAUAAAAUGUAUUACUUCAAUUUUAAUAACGGAAGUUGGCCCUGUAAUUUACCCAAAUGUAAUUAAUAAUUGUUAGUGAUGUCUUCUUUACACUGAGGUUUCAGUAGCAGCAGGUUGCCAGGCCCAGUCUUUUGUCUUUUUGCUUUGCACGUGUUUGAGUGAUUUUUUUUUUAAUACUUCUGUCAUAUCAGUCCUAAUGAACGUUGUGUUGUGUAAACAUAUUUCUUGCUUUUAUUUACAAGACCGGCAGCUGGACAAUUGCAGUUUAGGUUUUAUCCUGCCCUUUCUAAUCGUUUAUUUUACUGCUUUGAGCUCUUUUCUUAGUCUUUGUUUCACAUCUCGUGUUCUAGUAAAAAAUCCCUUUUUAAAAUGUCUGGAAUAUUGUUCUGAUUGUUGUUGUUGAUCUUUCGUUCUACACACGCUGUGUGUAAGUUUGUCAUAUUUUUGGCAACGGUGAAGCCAGGACCUUAAACAAGUCCAAGUGCGAAAAAGUGAUUGUUAUUUGUUGAAAGCUGACGCAUGUUUAAGGCUCAUUAUUUUUAAAUAAUUUUUGUAAUCACAAACAUCUGGUUUAAUUUGACUGUAAAAAAUGUAAGGGAUAAUAGGAGCAAACUCUUUGUAACGGAGCUGUUUCUCAUUUUUUGGCAGUACAUGAUGAGCAGGUGAUGCAUGUAUCGCUUUACUGAGUGAGCUUUGUCCCAAACCAUGUAAUGGCACUUCACUGAAUUUAGUUACUUCAUCCAAAUGGUUGUCUUUUUUUUCCCUGUGACCUGAAAUACAAACUGUAAGCUAGUACCCAUCUUCAGUUUGACUGGAUGACAAAACAAAGCCACAUUAAAUUUUAAUUUACUGUGUGAUGUAGUCAAGUAUAAAUUGUAAUUAGGUAGCUUGGCUGACCCAUUGUGUGUUAAAAUAAAAUGCAUUGUGUCCAUUUACUACAUCAAACUUAGUUUAUUGUUAAUGGUUUGUUGAGAGGAGCAUGUGCGUCCUUUUUUGUACUUAUCUGUAACAUUUACCUGAAUAAAAUAAAUUCUAGUAAGUCUUUGACUUACAUUCUGCCCUCUUUACUGUAGACAACACCAUUUGUCAGUGUGAUUAUAGUCACAUUUGUAACUAUGUGACUGAAGUGCCGACUUUCAGCUGUAAUUAAGUGGGUUUAAUAAAAAAAAAUCAUG